GGAAAAAUGACAGACGCAAGUUGUAACUGCUAACAGUUUUGUUUUCCUGCCAGGUAUCUGUAUGUGACAAGAACAAAAAUAUUUAGCACAACAUAAUGGCAUCCUACUUUGAUGAACAUGACUGUGAACCCACCAACCCUGAGGAACAGUAUCGCCAGAAUGCUCUUCUAGAAUUAGCAAGGUCUUUAAUGCAGGGUUUGGACAUUGACUCAGGGGCAUUCGACCUAUCGGACUGGGACCAGCGUCUUCCUCCUCCAGCUGCUAAAACCGCAGUUCAAACCCUUUCUGUGGUCAUUAUUUCACCGGAGCAAGCAGACAAAGGUCUCAAAUGUCCAGUUUGUCUGCUGGAAUUUGAGGAACAAGAGACAGUACGAGAGAUGCCUUGCAAACACCUCUUUCACUCAGGCUGUAUACUACCUUGGCUGAAGAAGACCAACUCCUGUCCGCUAUGUCGCCUUGAAUUACCAACUGACAAUCCAGAGUAUGAGGAGUUUAAAAAAGACAAGGAGAGACGAAAACAGAGGGAACACAGGCUGGAAGACCUACAUGGAGCCAUGUACACAUGACACCUGGGACAACAGACUGACACGAGACUGACUUUUUGUUUUGACCAUUGUAAGACUGCCUUGGAGAAGUUGGGAACACCACUUCAAAUCUCAAAUUUGAUGUGUGCUUUUUGUCAUUUAUUUGGUAGCAGUAAUUUAUUUUUGUGUAUAUGCAACUGAAACAAUAUAUCAUUUUGUUGAUAAUAUAAACAAAGAUAUAAAUUUGUAUAGCACUUUUAAAAAAAAAAUCCACCUUCUGAAUAAGGAAACACAACUGACAUUUCCCAAUUGCAGUUAAAGGAGAAAAAAACAAGGAAAAAAAAACCCUUUUUGAGCUUUAACACAUGCAAAGACAUCCAGCGAUAAUACAAAACCUACAUGUGUCUGGAAGUUACUUUUAAAUCUUUUUUCCCCCUCUAUUCUACAAUAGAUAACUGUUUUCCAUAAUGCAGUUUAUCAAUCAAAUAUGAAAUACUUUUGUAUUAGGGUUUUAAUGUAUCCCAUAAGGCUGAUGAGACGUACCUUGUCGGAAGUGUUUUUGUUGACGGAUCAUAACUACAUAUAGAGAGUGAAAACAAUUUACUUCCACACGUUUAUAUUUGAAAACUAGAAAUUUAGUUAACAAACAAGUCUGGCUACAUCCCUCUGCCCAAAGAAGAAAUAAAAUUAUGCAGAGACCAUAUUAAAAGAGCACAUAAGGUUUAAAAAGAUUAUGCUAAAUUUGCAGGAAAUGCAUGCUCAAAUCACAAAACAUGCACUUGAUUUGGAGGCAGGACGUGGACAUGAAGUUAACUUUAAAAAAUGGUGGUGAAAGCGUGGCAACCCCUUCUCUCUGGUGACGAAUGGGAUCUACCACACAUCUGCUCAGUACAGGUCAGAUGGAGGUUUAGUUGAUUUGGUCUACUGUUUUUUCUAGUGGGGUUCACUCAUUAAGGCUAGACUCAUCAGUAGAUUCUUCAUUGUUUUAGGUUUGAAUGACAAAAUUUAAAUUCUAAGUUAUUUUCAACAGAGGAAAUCAGAGGAUAUCAGAAGCUGAUGGGCCAUACCAUUAAUGUUGGGGGGGUGUUAUGGUUCAUUUGCACCGAGAUAGAGCACACAUUUUAUAUCUUGUACACACACAUAAUCCAGGCUGAGUGCACGUUCAGCAUUUCAUGCCGUUUUUACCUCUGUACAAGACACACAGACUUGGGCUCUGCUUGGCACCUUAGAACACGUGAGCAGGUUGAGGUUCAGGGUCUUGACAGGAAAGAUGGCUUUAAAUAAACACUGUCACAGGCGUGAAAUCUGUUCCAUCCGCUGGUUUCUCAAACCAUGAGGUAUUUCUACUGGCCCAGACGUUUAGAAGAAGGAGUACAAGCUAUGCGAGUGACAUGACUUGAAUGGGGUGGGUUAGCCCGAGACUUGUACAUCAAGCAGAAAACCCCGAUAAGAUCAUCGUUCUCUCAUUUCCCUUUCAGACUAAAAUCAAAGUAGGGUGUGAUUUUAUAUUUUGCGCUUAUUAAUCAUUUCCUUCAUUGCGUCAAGGUUGCAGCCGGCCUUCCUUGUUGACAUAUGCAACAGACUAAACUUUUCCAGGGGAAACUUCACAGGGGAAAUUCCAUCGGUGUUUGUGACCUUGCUUUUGUAAGCGUACGUUAGACGUGGAGGAAAUAACGUCUUGACACAAAUCACAUACUACCCAAAUCCAAAGAAUUUAAAUGGCACUUGUAUCAUUUAGUGGAUUUUAUUUUAAACAUACUUGAAAAUAGAGCUAAACCAGCUCUGAAUGAGCUCCUGUGUCUUGAGGUUGUUGUCAAAGUUUGGGAUAUUUAGUUUAACUGACCAGUUUUUUGUUUUUUAAAGUUAGGAUGUUUUUAAAUUGAUGAGUUAUACGUUUAAGCUCAUUCCUUUAAAUGUGUUUUGAGUUUUUGAGAGCUGUUUUGGAUGUUAAGUGAUUGUAAACCAGUAAUGUGUAUUAACACAUUACAUAACUUACUCCAUACUGUUUUAUUCUUACCUCAUCUGGUCUGGAAAAGUGGUUUUUGAUUUUUUUUUUUUUUAGUUCAGCAACAGACCAUGGUUAUUACUACAAUCACAUUUGACCCAAACAAUGACUAUCCCAUAGCAAUGAAAUGCAACAUUAUAUUUACUGUAUGAACUCUUCUUUGAAUAUUAUCAAGCAAUACCAUAUUGAUAAUUGCUCAAUAUAUGUACACAGCAGCCAUUUGUGUUCAAAGACCAACCAUGCAAAGCACUUCCUAAUAAUUCAUUUAUUUUGUAUUUUAAUAUAAAUCUGACAAAAGAAAAUACCUAAAUGAUAGACAAAUCAUACAUAUUUACAGAAUCUAUAAAAGGAAAAAUAUUCUCUGCUUUGCCUUUUUUGGGAUUUCAGUGACUCCAUUACCAUCAAACUGAGUACAAUACAAGUUUUAAGCAGUUUCUAAAAGACUUUUUUUUUUAAAGACAUCUGUUUCUGCUUUGCUGUUUUCUGGUAUUCAAGACAUUUUCAGGCCUUUCGUAACCAAAAAAAAAAAAAAGAAAGGCUGAAGCUAUUUAACUUAUUGCAGAUGUUGACAAAUAAUGAUUUAAAAAAAAAACAGGUUGUAAAGCCACUUUUAUAUUUUGGCAUGUCCAGUGGAAGAUAGACGCUGUCACAAAAUAAUUCACACCCUCGUGUAAGGGUUUGUACAAACUGCCAAGUCUAACCAUGUGAUCCAUUAGUAGUAUGGUAAAACAGGCUACAAAAUCAAUAUUUGAACACAGUCGUCUGGCACAGAAUAAGGGGAUAAGGCUAAAAGAAAAACAGCACACACAUACACACACUGGAGUUAGACUUUGCAUCACAGAGUAGGUGACCAUCCAAAUUCCCAUUCAUCUACGUCAGUCGACUUCCAACCAUGUUCCAUCCAGAGCUGAAUGUAAGAUGGGCUCUCUUUCCAACCAAAAUCCUCCCAACUAGCUAAUUUCACCAAGUAGUUCUCUCCUCUUUGGUUGCGGGUGUGCUAAUCGGUGAGAUCGGCUGCUGUGGUUUUGGUUGGUUGGAGUUACAUCCCUGAUAAGCAUGGCCCUUGGAUGUCACAUGCUGGGAGAGACUGCUGACCUACAGCUAGUCCGUACCGCCAACUCAGAGACAAUCAGUCCAAAUUCCAAACAAAGAUUCCACUCUCUUUUGGCAAGGAGGAGUUAGAAACCCCAUUUUUAUGAAACAGCUGCUCAGCGUGUCAGGCUUCCUUUUCUGAGAAAGAAGUCUGAGAAAGAGAGGAAUGUACGGAAUAGUAUUUGGAAUAAUGUCCACCUCUUGAAACAAAGUCUAUCCACAAGGUCUUGAGAAGUACGGG